CUCAAGUCUCCUUUCUUAUUGUCUGUCACUCACGUGUCUAAUCUGACAGAAAGCACCCCAUCCUGCUGUCCGUCGACUGUCGGCAUGCAUAUGUCCCCCUCCCCCAGCUCCUCAAGUGCAUCCCUCACCUCACGCCCCAGCACACUCUCACUGCGGGACCGCACCGACUUCCUCACCAGACCACAGACGAAAUGCACCACCACACCACCACCCCUCUCCCGCACUCUGUCAAUGUGACCCCUCACGACAGACAGUGAACCCCCUUCCCCUUCCCCCGCCCCAUCAUCGGCGUCAUUUCCGGGCUGCCACCCCGCACUGAUCCGCCUCACCACCCACUUGGCCGUCUCCCUCGCAAAUGGCACCGCGACCUCCCGCAGGUCGAUGGCCAUCUCCCUCUGCCGCUCAUCCACAUGAGCCGACACAGAAACGGUGAAGACACCCCCCUGCAGCGUCAUGCUGUCGCGCCACAGCUGCUGCGUCGUCACUUCGGUGCUGCGUGCUUCGGGCAGGGAGGCCGUCAGUAUGGCAUAGCCGCGGCGGGUGAGGGGGACGCCUCGCUGUCGGGCUGUCUUUGCCACGUCCAGUGCGAGUUGCGACUCAUCGACCAGACAGAGGCCAAUGGCGGCGGCGCUGUAGGCCAUCUGAAUGGGUGGCUCGGCAGACAGAGCAGGCGAUUGUGUUGUGUUGGGUGCUUGUGUGUGUGAGAGGACAAGUGGACGUACCCUUAGCAAGGGGGGUCGCUCAGCGUCGCUGAUGUGGGCGUCGGCGUCGAUGCGCCCCACCGUCUCCGCCAGUACUUGGCGGACCAGGGACGCCCUCUGUGUGCGGUCAUCAGAGGUCUCGGGCAGCAUGUCCCCGCCCAUGGCCAUUCUUCUCAAGAGCUGCACGUAUAGAUGGGGUCGCCACUUGGCCGGUGACGGGCUCUGCUGAAGCAACUGCCAUGACUGAACCGAACCCGCCACACAGACAGACAGAGACGAAAAGGCUAAUGCGAUGAUGCGGAUACAGUCGUAUGUUUUCCUGCAUUAACUAGAUGCACUGCACCCACUUACCUCUUCUGGCGACAGCGCCACGUCCAUGGCCGCCAUCAAAAGGCGCUCGCCCCCCUCCCCCCUCUCCCCAGUUGCCUCCCUGACAGCUCUUCUGGCCAGCUCUUCCGCUGCUGUGGCCAGCCCCACCGCAUCAUAGGCUCUGAUGACCUCGCCAACAUGAGCACCAUACACCAGAAAGAACCCCUCCUUCUCAGCCACAUGGCUCUUGAGCUGCUGGAAUAGCUCAAUGCACAUGGCAUUUUGUUUGCUGCUGCGGGCCUUCUCCAGCACCAUCAGCCAUUCGGAGGUUGUGAGGCGGUUCAGCUGGGCGGGCGAGUCGAGAAGGGAAUGCAGGAGGCGGCCGACGGUUGCUGGGCGGACGGUGUGUCGGAGUGCACGGAUGGGGGAUGACCGGGCGGCUUCCAUGGUGGCGGCGUGUUUCUUGAUGUGAUAGCUGAAGUCGGUCAGCUGUGAGGGGCCCCAAUGCUGUCCAUCGACCAUCUUCCGCUGCAGUCGGGCCCUCCACUCGUCAAUCAGGUCGUCAGGGCAUCCUUUCAACGCCUCAGCAAACUCACCAGCAGGAUCCAGCAGAUCUGUAGCAGGCAGGCAGGCACAAACAACAUCAUGGAAUGGCCACCCACGCGGCCAUGCAUUCGAUGUGAUGUGAUGUGCUUACUUGCAGCCAAUUGGAGCUUCGAUGCCUCCCCGCUCCUCUCACACGCGCCGACAACCGCCGCCACCAUGGCUGGCGUCACUCCCGAACCACCCAGCGCCCCUCUGGCAUCAUCCAGCCACCUCAGAGCCAUGCCGGCAGGGUCCACUGGUGCCUGUGAGCGAUCGAACGCAGAGGGCUGCACGACCAGGGAGGAGUUGCCGGCACCGUCUGUCGUGGACGGUGGCAGCGGAUGCGCAGACAUGUCCUCCAGGAGGUCAAGGAAUGUCCCCCAGCAGGCCGCCACGAGGGAGAGGGGCGACCUGGACAGGUGGAUUCGCACAUCGGUGUCGUCAGAUAGUGAUGUGGGUGCUCUUGAUAAGAGCGAUGGGGGGCGUUUCUCGACAGAUCGCUUCAGCCUCUGCCCAAGGUAAAGGGAGAUGCGAUGACUGACUGACUGACCGAUUGACUGCUUAUUUAUUGACGGGCUGGCUCACUUGCAUGAGGCCUUCAGCGUCUUGCCAGCGGUAGAGGAGCCGGUAAGCAUACAGGGCGUACAGGCACAUCAACAGAGCUGGACACACACCACACACCACACAUCAGCGAGUGAUCCCGAGGCAGCCUAGCCACAGGCAGUGUCCCACCAUUCUCAUUGAGCGGUGCCGUCUCGUCAUCUCCCUCCAGCACUCCCUCGGCAGCUUCUCGCAACACCUCUAGUGCGUCCUCAGGCAGAGAGGUGGCAGUUCGCGACGCCGACGCCGAUCGCAGAAGGGCUCCCGACACCAACAGGGAGGCCUCUAUGUCGACGGGGUAGGGUGCACUCUUGCCGUCUCGGUAGAGAUCUAACGCAAAGGCACCCCUAAAGGACGGACGCACCCACACACGCGCAUUCAACCAGGCUGUCUGGCAGGCAGGCAGACGUACUUGUCCAGUUUGGCUGCGGCGGCGAUGGCAAGCCUGAAUGCAUGGUCAUCGUUGAAGGCCACCCCCUGCCACUGCGCCAGCCGCCAUACCAUGAUGACCUGCUCCAUCGCACCCACACGAUAGCAUUCCCUCAUGACGCGGAGCGCCUCGCCGCUUGUUAACACCAACGAGGGGCCGAUCGUCUGCGGCUUGUUUGCGGUGGUUGCCCUUGUCUUGUCUUUGUGCCAUGGGAGGACAGUGACAUCUGGGGGAGCCAUGCAGGCCUUUGUGAGCCGACUGACGAGGGAGGCAGCCUCAUCGCUGUCAUCCACGCGCUUCAAAGCCUGAAACAGACAGACAGACAGACAGACAAACAGACAGGCAGGCAGGCAGCACAUGACGUGUGUGUCUAUGCGCCCGUGUGUGUAUGCGUGUUGUAAUGCACCCACGAGUAUGGUUCUCGAUUUGAGCUGCUCGUUGUGUAGGUGGUGUCGCAGCUGCCAUGUGGCUGGCGGGCUUCUGUCGUCUGCCGUGGCCAUUGUGGCCAGCCUCUGCAGGCGUCGCUUCAGACGGCCCUCGUGCCACUUGCUGAAGUUCUUGAGCUGAGACCUGCCGACAUCCAUCCAUCCAUCCAUCAAUCUGCACAGGUGUGUGUCUUCCCCUCCCUCCCUCCGUCCCUUGUCUGCUUACUGCAGUGUCUGGAUGAAUGCAUCGCGGUGCGGGUGAUUGACCAGCAAAUGCAUGCCUUUGUAGAACCAACUGAACUCAGGCAGGCAGGCGGGCAGGCAGGACACAAUCGCCAUGCAACAAGGCGGAAGGAAUACAGGCAGGCGUCCGUGAGUGAGCUCCGCUCUACUUCCUCACGCUUCGAUGUGUGUGUAGAGGUCUUCCUCCUCAGUGAGAGGGCUGUCGCCACGAAGACGACCGAUCCGCCUCGUCAGCUCAUCCAAUGGCAGCAACUCAACCGCCUAACACACACACACACACACACGCACACGGGGUACUAUCAGUGUCGUAUAGGUGCCUCGCGUCACAUCGUUCAUUCAUUCACCAGGCAGGUCUUCCACAGGUUGAGCCACUGUUUGCGUCGUCGCUUGGGCAGCAGGGGGACUCCGACCCCGUGUCUGCCCAGCACCCGGUAGGCAAACCCCGCACGGCUGGUCGCCUUGGCAACCAACACCUCACCCACCGGCACUCCAACCUGACACAAACAGACAGACAAAACAGGCGGCUUGGCUCAGUCACUCGACGGCCACUCAUUCUGUUUUGCUUACGAUUGGGCUCUGCGGCGUUGAUCUGAAAAUGUGGUACUCGCCAAGCAGCCCCCGAUGCAUCUCUGCUGCCGAAUCGUUGCUCUCAAGCCGCUCCAACACCUGAUGCACCUCUGCCUCAUCAGCAGCAUGUCGGGAUGAGUCGGAUCUGUCAAUCACGACGCCGUCAGCCGUCUGGUGCGCCGGCAGAGGCAGCAGCGCCCUCGCGUGUGGUGGUUGUGACGCUGCCGGCCGCCUCCAGGGCUUCGGCAUGAGUGUGAGGCCAGAUCUGUGGAUAAAUGCCGUGUGUGGAGCAGUCUGGGACGGAUCUACAGCACACAGAAGCACCAACGAGGGAAG